GACGAGCCGCCCCCCCGGCCCCGCGGCUCGGCGGCGGCGGGUGACGGCGGCGCGGCGGCGGCGAUGGGGUGCCUGCAGAGCGUGGCCUGCAAGGCGCGGGUGCGCCGGGAGCAGAUCGUGGUGUCGGACGUGUCGGCCACCAUCGAGCCGGCGGCCACCGCCAUCGAGGAGAGCUCGCCGGUGGUGCUGCGCUACCGCACGCCCUACUUCCGCGCCUCGGCCCGCGUCCUCAUGCCGCCCAUCGCCCGGCGGCACACCUGGGUGGUGGGCUGGAUCCAGGCCUGCAACCACAUGGAGUUCUACAACACCUACAGCGACCUCGGCGUGUCGAGCUGGGAGCUGCCCGACCUGCGAGAAGGAAGAGUAAAAGCCAUCAGCGAUUCGGAUGGCGUGAGCUACCCUUGGUAUGGAAACACCACAGAGACUGUGACCCUGGUCGGGCCCACGAACAAGAUCUCCAGGUUCUCGGUGAGCAUGAAUGACAAUUUCUACCCCAGCGUGACGUGGGCUGUCCCUGUGAGCAACAGUAACGUGCCGCUGCUGACCAGGAUCAAAAGGGACCAGAGCUUUACCACGUGGCUGGUGGCCAUGAACACCACCACCAAGGAAAAGAUCAUCUUGCAGACUAUAAAGUGGAGGAUGCGCGUGGACAUUGAGGUUGAUCCCAUGCAGCUGCUGGGGCAGCGGGCACGGCUGGUGGGAAGGACUCAGCAGGAGCAGCCCCGGAUCCUCAGCAGGAUGGAGCCCAUCCCACCAAACGCACUAGUGAAACCCAACGCCAACGAUGCCCAAGUCCUCAUGUGGAGACCCAAGCGAGGCCAGCCGAUAGUCGUGAUACCUCCCAAGUAGAGCGGCGCCGGUGCGCGCGCGCGCGAGGACCUGGGUGCUGUCAGCCCGCUGCAAGCAAAACGGGGUUUCUGAGCCAAAGCAGACCUCUUGGGUUCUCCUGCCUUCGUAGCUGUGGUUGGAAACGCGGCUCCUCCUUAGUAAUAGGGCCUGGCCGGCACAGGGGGUGCAGAAGAGGGAUUGCUGAGCUGGAGGAUUUCCCAGGAAGCAGAAUCUGAGUACCCCUAGGGGCUUACAUCUGGCAGCGAGGCUGUCUGACCUAACUGACCCGUCUUCCCUUGCGGCGCGGUGCGAGGAGCGUGAGUGCGGUUGAGCUGUGCCCGUGGCGAGCGCUGCUUGCCGCCCAGCUGGAGGUAGAACCGGAGGCCAUGCCUGCGGGACGCGGGGGGGGGCUCCUGCGGUGACCCUUCCCGCCGGGGGCGCGGGUGUCCCCGCCGUGUCUAUACCUAUGCAUUUCGGAUCGAUAAUCGCCCCGCUCGCUGGGACUGGGCGGGAGGGCCCGGGAGCGGAGCGGGAGCUGGCAGUGCUGGGGCGCCGAGCCGGAGCCCGGCCGCUGCCCGGGAGGGGUUUUCUGCAGCCGAGGGGAAGCGGGACACAUUUUUGCAUGCGUCUGGGUGUGUUUGGAGUAGUUGUGAGUGUAGGAGAUGCCAUAGCUCUUUUCAGUCUUCGAGUGAGAUCUAAGGGCAGGUUAGAUGUCCUUUCAUUUUAAGGUGCACUAAAUCUUUGCAGUUCCUCAACCUCCCUCCACCCCCACCUCCCCGAAAUCUCACUGACCCUUCUCUUACGGAAGCAAAGCCGAUUCUCAGCCGAGUGAGAAGCUGGGAGCAGUGCCCGUCCACCCAGCCCAGCUGCUCGCUGACUCUGUGUGUGGGGUACCCAAACCAGCUUGGAGGUACCUUGGGACUUGCACGCUUCCACUGCGGGCCCAAGUCCCUUGCAAGAAGUUGAGUGCUUGCUCAUUUUCCACACCAAUGCCGGCUCGUGUGGAGACCCUCCUCCUCCUUAGCCACCCACGGAGCAGGGUGCCUGCUGGCAGGGACACUGGCGGAGGGGACGGCACACCUUGUGGUAACUCCCCAGGCUCUGCUGGGUUGGGGGUCACCUCCCCAUGGGUCAGAGGCAGGGAUGUGAGCAGCAGCUGCAUGGAGCAGGGCUGGGUUUGCGUGGAAUCGAGGAGGUGAGCAUGCUGCCUCCUGCUGCUGCACUGCUUGGGGUCUUAACAGGGGGUUUUAUUUGCCUUUCUUCUCGCCCCUCACUGCCUGGAUGGCUGGCAUUGUCUGGUCCACGAGCAGGUGCCGUGCUGUGGGCUGUGACCUGUAAUUCCCAAAAUCUCGCCCUCGAGAUGCAGCAGAGGUGUAAGCCACGGCUGUGCUGCCAGUGCCCCAGGUGCCCCGUCGCUCCUGGGCAGCUGGUUACAGCUUUUGCCACUUUCUCCGCUCCAUCCCGGCACGAGCCCUGCAGCUCCUCCGGCUCACGCCCCUGCCUUUGCACCACGGGAGGUUUGCACUGGGAAUUACCCGCAUCUCCAGGGGGUAAUUCCCUCUGGGAUGGUCCCAUCUUCUGUCCCAUCCCCAAGGAGAGCCUGGGGAGGGUCGCCGCGUUCGGCGCUUUCACGCGAAGCCCUUCCUGCAGCGCUGCCCUCAGCCUGGCUGCCGGGACACCCGGCCCGGCGCUGCUUUGCUCCCCACGGCGUGCUGGCACGUCCCCGCGGCAUCGCUCCGCAGAGCGCGGCCGAGCUCCUGCAAAGCUUCGGCCACGGCUUGUGCUUUUCCAGGGAGGGAUGUGCACCCUGGUCCCCACUGGCAAAGGGGCUCCCCGGGCAUCUUAGACCAAAAAUCCCUGUGAAAUCCUCAUGCUCCUUAUUAUUCUCAGUAGUGUUUGCUGCUGAUUUCUAUUAUUUAUUUUUUCUUUUGGGAGCAUCGUGUUUUGACGCCUCGAUGCACAUUUCUUGGUGCUGGGGCUGGCAGUCCUGCUCUUCCCGCCUGGCCUCACGGCGGGGUUGAGAAGCUGCUGCUUUCGGUGCCUCCGUCUGGGUUUCGCUGGGGGCUACAGCCUUGUGGUGGGAAAGGUUUGGAGGGAGAGGGGGGCUCUGAGCUUUGGUUUGCUGUGUUUUCUGGAGCAAAACUUCUACUGGUUAGCUUGUUGGUGUGGGAAGAUGUCCCGCUGUUGUGAGACUCUGCACGUGGUUUUGUCCUGCCGCGGGAUUGACAGCAGCUUUUGCCGUCACCGAUGUUUCGUUUCUCAAAAAGCGUGUGUGGAGAGGGGCUAGAAACUUUAAAUACAAUUUUCCUUAACAUUUGGGGGCGGAGGAGGAGGAAAGAGCUUUCGGUUUGAAAUAAGUCAGAUGUAUACUUUGGACCCAGUGGGACAGAAAUGCCUCUGGCAGCAUCAGAGCUAAAAAGCCAGAGGAAGGGGUUCCCCAACAAACAGGUAGCCCUGAGAUGGGCUCCCCGAUGGGAGAGGAUGCCACGUCCAGACAGGCUGCGUGAGUCAGCUCCCCAAAACCCACGUGGGAGAGCGGGGAUGCUGGCACAGGGAUGCUGCUGAAUUCAUUGCCGUUUUUUGGGAGGUGCUGGCCGACCGGAGCCUCGGCACAUCAUCUGCCUCACGCCGAGGCAGCAGCGGCCGCCGUUUCUGUUCGUGUGUGUGCGUCUGCAACGUCCCCGGGGAGGUGCUUGGUGCCGGUGUUGGGCUGGGGGCCUGGCCGUAGCCGUGUGCCUGCGCUCCCAGGGCUCCCCAGCCUGCAGGCAGGCUCUGGCUGAGCCCCGGGGCCAUGCCUGUAGCUCACCCCUCCAGGCUUCUGCCAGGCUUCCGCGCCCGCUCCUUCUCCAACAGCUGGAUUUGAUGCACUUAACUCGGUUUGAUGCGUGGGUUGUCUUUGUGGGCAUUUCCCCGUUAAAAAAAAAAAAAAAGAAAAAAGUUUGCAAAAAUUGUUGGCAAAAAAAAAAAAAAUUUGCAAACAAUGUUUGCAAAAAUUUGCAGGCAUUUGGCGUGUUCGCAAAAGGUGCGUGUUGACACUUGGGUGGAGGUGCUGGGUGAGCGUCUGCCCGAGCUCGGUGGCACUGACGGGGGGAGCCUGGGUGCAGGGCUCGCGACGCUCAGGUGAAGGGGAGGGAGGGGAGGCGGCGGGUGGGAGCCCCCACCUGCAAAUCCGGGUCUGGCUCACGUCCCCGUGGCCUGCAGCCGUACCGAUGGGCACCCCGAGCGGGAGCCCUGGCUGCAGAGCCCAUGCCAGGGACAAACACCCGGACCCACGGGCUUGGCUGUCCAACCACCCCGUGGGCCGCCUUCCUUGCACUCCCCCUUUUUGCACCAGCACCCCGUUAUCUCAGGGAGGGGCAGGUCACGGAAAUGCCCACCCACACACUCCCCUUGCCCUGAGCCUUGGGGUGCCCCGUUUCCCCUCCGUCCCCAUCAUUGGGUCACUUAUUUAUUUAUCUAUCUAUCUAUUUAUUUAUUUAUUUAUUUAUUUAAGGUUUAAGUUAUUUAUUGUAUUUAUUGAUGGCUGAAAGUCGGGGGGGGGGGGUGUGUCAUUUCUGCUGCGUGGUGGGGUCAGCUGGGUUCCCCCCCCCGCCCAGCCCCCUGUGCAUUUUGGGGUGCCGCCAGGGAGGGAUGCUUGCGGGCCCCCGGUGCUCCCAUCCCCUUUCGGAGCCCCGGGGAUGUGCUGGGGAAGAAAGGAAGGGGAAUCACAUUGGUGCCUGCAGGGAGGACACCCGGUGCCUGUCCCCUUCCCGCAGAAGCGCGAAGCCCCCGUGCCCCCUCCCCGGGAGCUGUGCUCCCUCCCGUGCCCAUCCGUAUUUAUGGAUCCACCCUCCUGGCGUUUCUCCGUUCGGCUCCUGCUGGAUUUGCUGUUGCCAAUUCCCGGAGAUGGUGAGAAGAGCCAGGACGUGUGUGGGUGUCGCUAUGGAGAAAAGACCAAACCAGGUAUUCUGCUGCCGCGUGGGGAAAAUCGGAAGGAGAAGAGGAAAGCUGGUUUUGCAGAGUGCCUUAAACACAAAUGACUUUACCGAGUAGGGGGCUUGGACUUCUGUCUCUGGAUAUUAUUACCAACUCGAACAAAUGUUGCAUUUCACUUCUCUGGGAUUAAAAGAAAACCACUCGAGCUGUACUGGAACCAAA